GUAGUCAUGACAACAACUCUUCCGUCCUUUCAGAUAAUGUAGCUUUCUCCAUACAAAUACCUCAAUAGGAAGUUCCGAAGCCUCCUGCUGCUACUUUGUGGUGAACGGGUCUAUGUCGAAGUACAAGACAUCUGGAAACAAAGCCUCAAAUGAUAGUGGCAAAAGUGAGGAACGGGAAGGACGAAGUUGCGUGCGUUAUAAAUGCGGCUUAUUCAACACCAUACAAGAUGUCCUGAGACAAAGACCAAACUGGGUUGAAGUCAAAGAUGAUGGAGAGUGGGACUUCAACUGGUGUGAUGUGGGUUGGCUUAGGGAGAAUUUUGACCACUCAUACAUGGACGAACACGUCAAAAUAAAUCACUUUCGUAACCAUUACGAGCUGUCCCGCAAAAAUCUUAUGGUCAAAAACCUCAAACGGUACCAGAAGAAUCUGGAAAAGGAAGUUGGCCGUGAGGAAGCCUUCAAAUGUGACUUUUUCCCUUGCACCUUUGUCCUGCCCAGCGAGUAUCAUCUCUUUGUAGAGGAGUUCAAUCGAAACCCUGGCAGCAUCUGGAUCAUGAAACCGGUAGCAAAAUCACAGGGCAAAGGGAUUUUCUUAUUCAGGAAACUGAAAGACAUUAUAGACUGGAAGAAGGAAAGCGUUCACUCAGAAGAGCAGAAAGAUGCAGCACCUGUGGAAAACUAUGUGGCACAGAGAUAUAUAGAGAACCCUUACCUUAUUAAUGGCAGAAAAUUUGAUUUGAGAGUUUACGUCCUAGUCACGUCAUAUGUUCCCUUAAAGGCAUGGUUAUACAGAGAUGGUUUCGCUCGCUUCUCUGGGACUCGCUUUUCGCUCAGCACCAUCGACGACAAGUACAUGCACCUCACUAAUGUGUCUGUUCAGAAAACAGCUCCAAACUAUAAUCAUGAAGAGGGAUGCAAAUGGGAGAUGCAACAGCUUCGGAGAUACCUGACUGCCAAACAUGGUAGGGAGUUGAUUGAAAACCUCUUCAAAGAGAUGGAUAACAUCUUUAUUCGAAGUCUGCAGAGUGUCCAAAAGGUCAUUAUAAAUGACAAACAUUGUUUUGAGCUCUACGGUUACGACAUACUGCUGGACGAGAACCUCAAGCCGUGGUUAAUUGAGGUGAAUGCAUCUCCAUCACACACCCCCAGCAGUCGGGAGGAUUAUGAGAUGAAGUUCAGACUACUGGAGGACACUUUGAAUGUUGUUGACAUGGAGGGAAGGCUGACUGGCAAGGAGAAAAGAGUGGGAGGCUAUGAUCUCAUGUGGAACAAUGGGCCUGUCUAUAGAGAGGAUGUCUACCUACAAACAUUUGGCAGUUCAUGUUUCACUGCCAACACAUACUUGGGGUGUCUGAAUGACAGAGAAAAGCAGCUUCGCCAUCUUUUUAAACCAUUUCAGAGGAGGACCUAAUUGUGUACGGAAUCUCCAACAUGGCAUCACUUUUUCUUUUCUUUUUUUUGUUCGUGGUAAAGGACGCCGACCCAGUUCCCACCAAUGUUUUCUGCAUGUAAAAACAAUAUUUCAACCUUAGACCAAUUUUGAACGUGCAACAAACAGGUUGAUUUAACAAGACGGGCACAGACUGUCAGUGUCUUGUUUUUACAAAUAAAAUCUGUAAUGUGUGAUGUGCA